CUAUGGAGUAUUUGUUUUGGUUUUGACUAGCAGCGACACGCGUACUACUGUGUUUAUGUUUACGAAUAACCUAAAAUGUGUGUGUAAUAGUUAAUAAAACCGAUGGACUAAUGGAUGAUCAAUCACAGGUGGAACUUACAUGUGUGCCAGGCCAACGUCUGUGUCUGGCUGACAAAGAGCACAUUUCUGGGUGUGGUACCUACGAACGACAGGGAUAUAUUUAUUCCACAUUGGCGGGAAUGGUGAAGGUGGCUAAGCAGGACAAGGUUUCUGUCAUUGAAGUUCACACUAGCAAUGAUCAGAGCAUUGUUCCAGCACCGGGUGAUAUUGUUACAGCUAAGGUCACCGUGGUUGGUCAGCGGUUCUGCAAAUGCAUGAUAAAGUGCAUCGGCAACACGGUGCUGACGCGCCCCUACAGAGGGAUGCUGCGGAAGGAAGACGUCCGGGCGACGGAGAAGGACAGUGUGGAAAUGAUUAAGUGCUUCAGGCCUGGAGACAUCAUCCUCGCACGAGUUCUACCAAUCACUGAGGUCCGCUCGUAUAACCUCUCGACGGCAGAAAACGAGCUUGGAGUUGUGAUAGCCCACAGCGAAGCUGGUGUUUCUAUGGUGCCUGUGAGCUGGACAGAAAUGCAGUGUCCAAAAACAUACUUCAAGGAACCUAGAAAAGUGGCCAGGGUUGUACCAGAAAGUAUAGAAGUUGAAUAACUGAAAAUUGUUUGUUUGUGUAUUGUUUGACUUUUUUUCCCAUUAAAAUAAAAUUUUUAAAACAUUUA